AUGAACAAUGAUUUGCCAGAAGGAGCUGGAGCCCUCCCAAACGGCUCUAUAUCUCUGUUCCUUAUAUUCCAUUGCUUCAUGUCAAGCCCAAACCUCGUCGUCUGCAGCAGCAGCUCGCCGUCCGCCCGGCCAAGAAGAGGACCCGGAGGAGGCGGGACCGGGAGCCGAGCCCAGCGGCCCAGCUCACCGACGACCUCCUCGUCGAGAUCCUCGCGCGCGUGCCGCACAGGUCCCUCUGCCGUUUCCGGUGCGUCUCAUCUCCCACCCCGACCACCUCGCGCGCUCAUCUCCCACCCCGACCACCGCGCGAGGCUCCCCCAGACCCUCGCCGGCUUCUUCCGCGUCGAACCACACCAGGCGGCUCCGCACAUCCGGCGCCGCCGCGGUACUGCUUCACCGACGCGUCCCGCGACGGGCCCCGCGCUCAUCGACGCGUCCUUCUCGUUCCUGCCCGACCGCGAGCGGGAGCACCUCGUGCUGCUGGACGGCUGCAGCGGCCUCCUCCUCUGCCGCUGCCACAGGUUCCCCGGCAAGGACGAGUUCGAUUACCUCGUCGUCAAUCCCGCCACCGAGAAGUGGGUCGCCGUGCCGGUCUCCCGGCGCUGGUCGGAAAAAGUGCUGCUGGUCUGCCUCGGGUUCGAACCGGCCUUCUCCUCCCACUUCCACGUCUUUGAGUUUCAGUUGGAGAAGGAGGAGGACGACGACGAUGCUGGGGAUGGUUGUGUCCUGGUGGUGAAGAUAUACUCAUCCGCAACUGGAGUUUGGAGCUACAAGCAGAGUGGCUGGAGCUUUGGAAUUACUCCGCUGUACGAUUCUAAGAGUGUAUUUGUCAAUGGUGUGAUGCACGUCGCAUUUGAUGGUUUGGUAGGGGCAGUGGAUGUGGAGGACAAAACUUGGAGGGCCAUUGAUUUUCCACGCUGCGAGGAUUCACCCUUCUUUGAUGAUGCUGCUGGAUUCAUUGAUCUCUCCCAAGGGCGGUUGCAUCUUGCAAUCGGUGGUGAUGUGGUUGGGGAUAAGCUAGCAAUCUGGGUACUUGAGGAUGGAGAUAGCGGAGAAUGGACCUUAAAGCACACGGUAAGCUUUAAGCAUCUGGUCGGAAAGGAGUAUGUCGACCUCGGACUUCGGGAGUUUGUUGUUGUUGCUAUCCACCCAGACCGCAAAAUGGUAUUCUUUGUUUUUGGUCAUGAUAAGAAAACACUAAUGUCUUAUGACAUGGAUAGCGGAAAAGUGCAUAUCAUCCAUGAUCUUGGAGACUCUGGCUAG